GUAUAAAGAUGCGGCUAGAAUUCAGCUUUCAAAGGAUCAGUUCAUCACGCCGUCUUUCUGUGAUGUUCAUAUUCAUGCUCCACAAUUCCCGCUGGCCGGGUUUGGCAUGGAUUUACCAUUGCUCGACUGGUUGCAAAAGUAUGCUCUGCCUACUGAGAGUGGCAUGUCUGACUUAUCCAAGGCCAAAGAAGUAUACAGCCGUUUGGUUCGGCAGACCUUGCGACAAGGCACAACCACUGCUUCUUACUUUUCGUCAAUUCAUGCACCUGCAACCAAGCUGCUUGCAGAGAUCUGCCUCGCUGCUGGACAGCGCGCCUUCAUUGGCAAAUGCAACAUGAAUACCGACUUGAGCCCAGACUGGUACCGAGAAACUCAUGAAGAAAGCAUGGCUAGCACGCGUGAUUGCAUUCAGCACUGCCGUCAGAUUGAUCCAACAGGCGAACAUAUCAAGGCAAUCAUAACGCCAAGAUUUGCGCCGAGUUGUACUUCAGACUUGCUGCAUGACCUUGGCAAGCUCGCCCAUGCAGAAAAGCUACCAAUUCAGACUCACAUCUCCGAGAAUCUUGCUGAGAUUGACAUGGUUGCCGACAUGUUUCCAAACUCGGCGCACUAUACGGGUGUGUAUGAUGAUCAUGGCCUUCUAACCGACAAGACGAUCCUUGCACAUGCUGUCCAUCUCUCAGACGAAGAGUUGGCCCUGAUCAAGAAGCGAGGGGCAGGUAUUGCCCACUGCCCAGCAUCAAACACUGCUUUGCAGUCUGGAGAAGCGCCAAUCCGAGAGAUGUUGGACCUUGGCCUGAACGUCGGACUCGGCACUGAUGUGUCUGGUGGCUAUACCGCCUCAGUUCUCGACCAGGCAAAGCUUGCUUGUGGUGUCUCUAGACAUCGUGCAAUUCACACAGGCGACAAGCGACUCAUCUUGGGAGUCGAAGAAGCAAUUUAUAUGGCCACGCUAGGUGGUGCAAAGGUCUGUGGCAUCAGCGACCGUCUGGGUAAUUUCCUUGUUGGCAAGUGCUUUGAUGCCCUUUUGAUUGAUCUCUCGAGCGAACGCAACGGCCGUGUGGAAAUAUUCGACGGAGAAGAAGAUCGUCGCAUUUUUGACAAAUGGGUCUUCAAUGGAGAUGAUCGCAACAUUGCCAAGAUAUGGGUCGAUGGUCUACAGGUUCUUUAGGCAGCGUCUGGUCGUGGCUUCCGAUAAGUUCAGGAGAGGGGGG